GCCCCUCGCUGCCCGCGCUGUCCGGGCGCGGAGCCGCCGCCGCUGCGGAGCCGCCGCGGGGAGCGCAGGCGCCGCCGGCCCGGGCCGCGCCCGCCCCUUCCGCUUCCCCUCGGUCCCCGGAGCCGCCGCCGGAGCCAUGAUCGGGGAUCUGCUGCUCUGCGGGACGCUGCUGGUGAACGCCGGUGCCGUGCUCAACUUCAGGCUGAAGAGGAGGGACACGGAGGGAUUCGGAGAGGAGCAGAGGGAACCCACGACCGGUGACAAUAUCAGAGAGUUCUUGCUGAGUCUCAGGUACUUCCGAAUCUUCAUUGCCCUGUGGAAUAUCUUCAUGAUGUUCUGCAUGAUUGUGUUAUUUGGAUCUUGAAAGCCACCCGUGGACACAUUGGAAGAGACUUUUGGCCGGGAACAAACUUUUCUAGAAGUAAAAGAUUCUGCUGCUCUCCAGCUGCAGCCCUGGGCCUGUGGGGAGCUGGGACACGCUCAUCCCCUCCCAGGUUCCUGCUCUGCCAGGGCUUGGAGCCACAACCUUCACACAAAUUAUCUCAGCUUCACUGAAAGAGAAUUUUGACUUGGUUUUCUAAGCUCAGAAUGAGAGCAGAGGAGAAUUGAAACCAGUUUUAAACCUCUGCCUUGCCAGUCCCAGCUGGGGCUGUGCCAGCUGGAGUUACCCCUGUCCGAGUCACACACCUGAGUUCUCAGUUUUGUGUAAAAGUUGAGCUGAGUGUUCUUGUAACUUCUCACUAUUCCAUUCGUUUUGUUGGAGGUGUAGAAAAGGAAUAUUCAAGAAAAAAAAAAAUGCCAUUCUCACCUUCUCCCUGUUUUUCUAGAAAAAAAAAGUUUUAUAAAUUAAUAUUUCAAAGAUUUUUUUUUUCCUAAGCAAUAUGUAAGGGAUUUUGAAUGGGAGGAAAUGGCAAAAAUAAUUCUCUAAGCCAAUGAUAAGAGAUAACUUUUGAAUAAUCUUGGAUUUGGUUGAAUAAAGUUGUUCUAUUUAAGGGUAAAAUAUA